AUGGAGUACAGACGUGAUGUGGCUUUGGAGGAGCUGUGUCCUGUGUGUGGAGAUAAAGUCUCUGGUUACCACUACGGUCUGCUCACCUGUGAAAGCUGCAAGGGUUUUUUUAAAAGAACGGUUCAAAACAACAAGAGGUACGUCUGUGCAGAGAAGCAGGUGUGCAGAAUUGACGUUACUCAGAGAAAAAGGUGUCCGUUCUGCAGAUUUCAAAAGUGUCUUCAUGUUGGAAUGCGACUGGAAGCUGUUCGUGCAGAUCGGAUGCGAGGUGGCAGAAACAAGUUUGGCCCCAUGUACAAGCGUGAUCGAGCGCUCAAGCAGCAGAGAAAGGCUUUGAUUCAAGCUAGUGGAUUCAGAAUGGACAGCAGCCCACCUCUGGUCUCCUCAGCCCAGCACAGAGACCAGGCUCCAUUCCUGUGCUCACUCCUGCCUGAUUACCAGUGUACCUCCUUCUCAGAUUGGACCAUCAAGUCAGAGUACACCAACAUCUGUGCAAGUUCACCAGCCUCUGCUGUAGGAAUCACCUCAGGCAAGCUGUGCUUAAGACCUUUCUCUCCACAAGCUCCCAGGAUGCCUCAGCUAGUGAAGGAGUUCUUGCGCUGUGAUCCAGAUGAGCUUCAGCUGCGGACUCAGACCACUACUCGUCUCCUGCAGGAGCAUGCGAGGUGGGAAAAACACGGGGAGCCCAGCACAUUCAGGCUCCUGUGUCUCAUGGCUGACCAAACCCUGUUCUCCAUUGUGGAGUGGGCUCGCACAUCCAUCUUCUUCAAACAACUCAAGUUGAAUGAUCAGAUGAAGUUGCUGCACAGCUGCUGGAGUGAACUGCUGCUCCUGGACAUCAUCUCCAGACAGGUCCUGUGUGGCAAAGAGGGCAGCCUGCUCUUGGUCACUGGGCAGGAGAUGGGGCUAUCUGACAUAGACUCUCAUGCUGGUCUGACCUUGACCAGCCUGGUCCAGAGAGGGCAGGAGCUGGUUGAGAAGCUUCACAUCCUAAAGGUGGACCGCCAAGAGUUUGCCUGCAUCAAGUUCCUCAUCCUGUUUAACCCAGAUGUGACACUGCUUGAAGACCAUCAGUUCGUAGAGAGUGUGCAGGCACAGAUUGAAGGAGCCCUGCUGGAGUACACUCUGUGCACCUCCUCACACCUUCUUGGACGCUUUGCUCAUCUGCUGCUUUGUCUGUCUGAAUUGCGCUCUCUCAGCACCCUUGCCGAAGAUUACCUGUACUGCAAGCACCUGAGUGGUGAGGUGCCCUGUAACAACUUGCUAAUUGAGAUGCUCCAUGCCAAGCGGAACUUGGCAUGAAGACUAAGGGGCUCUGUCAUUGUCCUCAUAUGUUAGCAGAUGGAGGCAUUAAGCUGUCAUGAAUAUUUAAUACAAUGAG